GGGUACGCAGAACAGAUCGAACUCACACAGUGACAGCGGAAGAAAGGAUUUAUCGCUGUGAUACAGCAAGAGGUAGUAGCCAAGCUGGACGCUAACAUGGUGGUCAACAAGAAGCUCCUUCCCACUUUUGAGCUGGUCUUCAGCUCGGAGCGCACCUACACGGCCGGCGACAAGGUGGCCGGGCGGGUCCGGCUGCAGACCGCCCAGCCGCUGAGGGUCACCGCCGUGCGCAUCGUCGCCCUGGGCUACGCCCGAGCCCAGCUCCUCAAGGGCUCGCAGCCCCUGCGCCAGCAGCAGGAUUACCUGCACUUCCAGGAAACGCUGCUUCCGGAUGGAGAGAACCGGACCUCAGACAUUGAUGGAUCUAUGUUCCUGCAGCCUGGCAAAAUGUACGAGUACAGUUUCAGCUUCCAGAUACCAGAAGGGCCCUUGCCCCCCUCGUUCAAGGGCAAGUAUGGUGGUGUCUGCUACCUCGUAACAGCAUAUGUUGAUCGGGAGAAGCAGCCAUCCCUGGAAACCAGCAGGGACUUUGAUGUGGUCGAGCCCAUUGAUGUCAACACGCCAACCUUACUAUCCCCAGUUGGUGGGUCCAAUAAGAAGAAGGUGACUUGUUUCUUCCUGUCUGAUGGUUACGUGUGCAUUGCUGCCAAGAUUGACCGGAAGGGUUACUGCCAAGGUGACCAGAUCUGCAUCAAUGCCCAAUUCCAGAACAAUUGCUCACGUAUUGUGAUGCCCAAGGCAGCCAUCUUGGCAAAGCAGACCUACCAGGUGAGCGGCAACACCAAGGUCUUCAAGGAGAAACUCAACAGUGUCCGGGGGAACCACAUCAUCUCGGGGAUGUCUGAAUCCUGGUGUGACAAGUGCCUGCAGAUCCCCACCGUGAAACCAUCAAUCAGCUCUCACAUCAUCUGCUUGGAGUACUCCCUACUGGUUUAUGUCCACAUUCCAGGCAGCAAGAAGCUGGUCCUUGAACUCCCUCUGGUCAUUGGCACCAUCCCAUACAAUGGCAUGAACAGCCGAUCAUUCAGCAAUACCAGCAACUGCAGCAGUGUAAGCAGCAGCAGCAUGAGCUGGCCCCACAUGGAGUUCCCGGAGCAAAUGGCAGCCAGUCCUUUCCAUGUGUGCUCUGCGAGUCACUGUCUGGAAAGCCCCACCACUCCCUUGUUGGAUGAUUGUGAUGGCCUGCCAGAGAGUCCCAUCUUCAUGAAGUCUGCAGUGUUUAGCUACGGGUCAUCGCCGGUCAGCUCGGAUGUGGAUGAGAAUGGGAACUGCGAGUGCAUGGUUGAGUGAAACUGCAGAGUCCUGCAAUGACUUUUUAUAAACACAGACUUGGACUCCAGUUUAAAUCACCGUAUGCGUUUUCAGAUGCACUUAACGGGGAGGGCCUGCAGGAGCUGGGCUGCGCCAGCGAGAAAAGGUCAAGGAAGAGGUAGUGUGUGCAUGCAUGAAGGUCUCGACCUGUUGCUGACUCCCACCGUGAGAUGGUCGAAAUUCCUAGAGUUACGUCAUGCCACUCAGUAAUCAUGGGGACACUCUGUACCUGUACUGAGCUGAAGGAACCUGGCUUGUUUUGUGAAUGAGGGGAGCUACAUGUUGUGCAGUUACAGAUUUACAAAUAAUAUUGUUUAAAUUGUUGAUUGCCAUUUCUUUCUGUUCUCCUGAAGAAUGUUUGAUAUCUUUUUUCCUUAACUGAUAGGGCAACACAGAUAUUUCACUGCUUUGUGCCAGGCUAUGGACUUGUGCGCAAGGUGGCAGAUGAUUAUGGCCAUCUGAGGUAACUAGUAAACCAUACCUUAGCUGGUUGAACAUGGGGCAAGCACUGAGUGUAUACCCUUCCUCCAUCAGUCAGUCCCUGUUUCUGCCAUCGUCUGGCUUGAAGGAAGAUGCUAGUCUAAGAAACAGAAUUUGGUCAUUCCAGAUAUCCUGAACAAUUCUCUGUUGGAAGAAAUGCUGCCAAACUUUGCAUUUUCACUGCAGUAUUGUCCUGGCACUUAUUAUUCUGAUUUGUUUCUUCACAUUGCCUUGUACCAUCAUCGGCAGCAUUCUGCUAAUCAAAAAGGGCAUUACUUGGUACCUGUUUUUAGGCAGAGGUUUAUUUCUUUGGUAGCUUUCUGUUUGAAGGUCAAUAAUUGCUGACAUUCUAAAACAGCAAGCUUCAUGUUGUACAAUUUGCUGUUUUUUUGUUUUUUUAACAAGCAAGAAACAUUUCAAAACACUCCACUCUGCUGUUUGUAUAACAUUUCCAGUUUUGUGUAACUUUGUACUGAGGAUGUGAAUCCUGUGUUUCUUUUUUCCCAAGUCUUCCCAUAAGUCUUCUGACUAUCUGAGCUCAUUGGGGAAAUAUAUCUCAGUCUAAAGUGUUGUUUUGACAAGGAUUUUAUUCAAAUAUUUUUGAUUUUCUAAAAUUCUACUAUGUGGAAUCUGCCAAAUGUUAUUUUGUGUAUUUUUCUAAGCUAAGUAUUUUAUUUUGUAAGUGUGAUCAAUUUUGAAUAAAGUUUUUAAGUAUUUUACAACA